AUGGCCCCCGAGGCGAGCAUCACCAUCGACACCUCCAAGAAACAAAGUCCCAUCAGAAAUGCUGCUCAAGGAGCGACGUUGAAGGAACAUCUCCCUCCCGCCAAAUCAAGCCAGACAUAUCCUCAACAAACCUCGGCGGAGUCGGCUGGGACCAAUGCCUCGCUGUUCUUUGUCGGGACGGCAACCACAAUAUUGGAGUGGGAGGGUCUGCGACUCAUGACAGAUCCCAACUUCUUACAUGCUGGUGACCACGUCCACCUGGGACCCGGUGUAAGGGGCACCCGCAAGACGAACCCGGCGGUCGAUUUGCACGACUUGCCGCAUAUUGACCUUGUCCUCUUGUCGCAUUAUCAUGCCGACCAUUUUGACCAGGUGGUCGAAGCCUCACUACGUCGGGACCUGCCCAUUCUCACCACCCCCCACGCACACAAGCACUUGACACACAAAGGACAUGGUGAAGCCUUCACAGCAGUGCAUCCCCUUGACGCGUGGGAGAGUGUGUUUGUGAAUGUCACCCCAUCCUCUGUACCCAAGAGACAAGCCCAUGUUCGCGUGACGGGGAUGCCUGGCAAGCACGUUGGGGACGGCCUCGUCGCCAAAGCGAACGACAUCCUCGGGGCGAUCCCACCCACCAACGGGUGGAUGCUCGAACUCGGAUAUACGGGAGACUCGUCAGCCUCUGGGCCAGGCUCCGACUUCGAGUGCGGGUAUCGAAUUUACAUCUCGGGCGACACGCUCUAUGUCUCUGAGCUGGAGAAGAUCCCUGAGCUCUACACUCACGCGGGUAAACCGAUUGAUCUGAUGCUGAUUCAUUUGGGCGGGACCACCGUGCCCGGUCCGCACAUGCCCUUGCUGAUGGUUACCAUGGACGCCGAACAAGGGGUCAAGUUGGUGAAGCUGGUGCAACCGGAGGUUACAGUGCCGAUUCAUUACGAUGAUUACGACGUCUUCCUCUCUCCGCUCUCGGACUUCAAGGACGCCAUCACCAAGGCCGGCCUCUCGGACAAAGUCGUCUACCUCGACCGGGGGGACGAGUUUCAAUUCCGCGUCAGAUGA